CCGGGUUCUGAGUUGAGGAUAAAAAGAAGAGCUGCGCAAUGACAACAGUAGACCAGAAAUACGUACAGGGCAACUUCGGUUUCCUGGAGAGGACGCACACACACUGAAGCGGCCCGCGAUACUUUUAUUUGAAUUUAAAAAAAACCCUACGUCGUCGAAGCAGGAUGCCUUUCCUCGGACAGGACUGGAGGUCACCGGGUCAGAGCUGGGUCAAAACCGAGGAGGGAUGGAAAAAAACCACGGCAGACGAGAAGAACAACAACAACAACGUCUCCAUGGAGAGCUUCUGCAAAGCAGAGGAGGAGGAGGAGGAGGAGGAGGACCAGGAGGAGUGUUUCAACAAGGAGAACCUGCUGCUCUCUCUUAACUACGACAUGGCUGCCAAGAAAAGGAAGAAGGACCAAAUGAACAACAACGCCAAGGUCCCUUAUUUCCACAGGGAAAAGUGGAUUUAUGUUCAUAAAGGAAGCACCAAGGAGCGUCACGGUUAUUGCACACUGGGAGAGGCCUUCAACCGCUUGGAUUUCUGCAGCGCCAUCAAGGACACGAGGAGAUUUAAUUAUGUCGUUAGACUCCUGGAGCUUAUCGCCAAGUCCCAGCUCCCCUCGCUCAGCGGAGUGGCGCAGAAAAACUACAUGAACAUUCUGGAGAGAGUGGUACAGAAAGUUCUCAACGAGCAGCAGAACAUUCGGCCCAUCAAGGAGCUGCUGCAGAUGCUCUACGUCUCGCUGUGUGGUCUCGUUCAGGACAUGGGCAAGUCUGUGCUGGUGGGGAACAUCAACACCUGGCUGUACCGCAUGGAGAACAUCCUGCAGUGGCACCAGCAGCUGGACAACAUCCAGAUCAACAGGCCCACAUCGACAGGCAUGACUCUGACCGACCUCCCUAUCAACCUGCAGUUGAACAUCAUGCAGCGUCUGUCGGAUGGAAGGGACCUGGUCAGCCUGGGCCAGGUUUGCCCCUCACUGGGGGGCCUCGCUGAGGACCGGCUGCUGUGGAAGAGGCUCUGCCAUCACCAUUUCACAGACCGACAGAUCCGAAAGCGCCUGAUGGUCUCCGAUAAAGGUCUCCUGGAGUGGAAGAAGAUGUACUCCAAGCUGAGCCGCUGCUAUCCUCACAGAGAGCAAUACAGUGACACGCUCCACUUCUGCACCCACUGCCACAUCCUUUUCUGGAAGGACACAAACCACCCCUGCACAGCAAACAACCCAGAAAGCUGCACCGUGCCCCUCUCUCCUCAAGACUUCAUCAACCUUUUCAAAUUCUGAUCCACCAAUCCACUCGGACUGUACAUAUGCUGUACAUAGAGACGCGCAACUUUUGUCUGUUUUGUUAAUGGCACAAUCAAUUCCUGGAUGUGUGUUUAGUUGAGGUAUGACUCAGCAGUGGGACAAUCAUGCAAUGGAGUUUCUUUUUGAAGCUCUGGGCGAGUUCCCAGUUGAAAAAGUGAGGGAAUGUGACUGAGGAAAGGAGACGAAGCAGUCCUCCUGAGGAUGAAGGGAACGCUCGGCUGUCAGAGUUAAGUCUUAGUUUAUUGUGGUUGUUGAAACGAUACUCCAAAGCAAACGCACCUCAUGACCUCUAAAUUAUGCACUUUUCCCCCCACUUUGGGAAUUUUGGUUUUAUUUAAUGUUUUGGAUUUUUGUGUAUUCUUUUUUUUUUUUUUUUU